AUGGCUACCCAUGGAAUUGCAGAGUUCCUGAUCUUCUCCAUCCUAUUCAAAGAAAUGAGCCAGGAACUGCGGGAACUCCAAACUGAAGCUCAGGAGGAGGAAACAGCAGCCGCGAAAGAACUGUCCCAGCCUGAGCGGCGGCUGGCGAAGGAGCACUUUGGAGAGACCCCCGGAGAAAGAGGAGAGCCGGGAGCAGCCCUCUCUUCAUCCGGCUUGUCUAUGAUGCAACCAACUGCAGGGACCUCUGAUGAAUUAGAAAUCAUUGAUGAGUUAAUUAAGGAGGAUGGGUUUGAGCUGAACUCCACAUCACUUCUUUCCCGGGUCUCUGUGAACGGGCCAGCCAAGCUGAUCCCCAGAUGCUCCGGUUUAGCAUCACCGACCAGGGUGUUGAGACCCAUUGAGCCAACGGGGAUAAACCUCUCUCAUCUGGCCUUGGAGCUUUCCGGGAGCCCCUGCUUCUCCUCCUCCUCCCAUGUCCUGCAAGAUUCCUCUGCCUCUCAGCUCUCUCAGAACCUUAAUCACCUGACGCUUGUGCCGCAGCUGGUUCCCAGGGGGUCAGCAUCUCUUCCUUUGCUGCCUAGCAGCAGGCACCACGAGAUUUCCCCUCGUCCUACAGUGGAGGAUGUUGUUCGGCCACUACCAAAGCUCGUGAUCACGGUGCAGCCCAAACAGCGAGGGAUGCGCUUUCGAUAUCAGUGUGAAGGCAGGUCAGCAGGAAGCAUCCUGGGCGAAUGCAGCACCGACACCAACAAAACGUUGCCUGCUAUUGAGCUGCGGAACUUUGAGGGGAAUCCGGAAGUGAAGGUGACAGCGUGUUUGGUGUGGAAAGACUGGCCUCAUCGAAUCCACCCUCACAGCUUAGUGGGGAAGGAUUGCCACGACGGGCUCUGUGAGGUAACAUUGAAGCCCCGAAGUAACCCCAAGCACAGUUUUAACAACCUUGGGAUCCAGUGUGUGAAGAAGAAGGAUAUUGAGGAAUCGAUAGAGAAGAAGUUACUUCUUGGGAUUGAUCCUUUUAAUGCUGGCUCUUUAAAGAACCACCAAGAGGUCGACAUGAAUGUGGUCCGGAUCUGCUUUCAGGCUUCCUAUCAGGAUGCCACUGGAGAAAUGCAGCAUCUCAACCCUGUCCUCUCAGAGCCCAUCUUCGACAAGAAAUCCACAAACACGUCGGAGCUGAAAAUCUACCGAAUGAAUAAGGACUACGGAUCCUGUACGGGUGGAGAGGAGCUCUAUUUACUGUGUGACAAAGUCCAGAAAGAAGAUAUCUCCAUAAUCUUCCGAAAGGAUGCAUGGGAAGCCAAGGCCGAUUUUUCCCAAGCUGAUGUUCACCGCCAGAUUGCCAUUGUCUUCAAGACACCGCCUUACCAACACCUUGACAUUGUGGAGCCAGUAGAGGUGGAAGUGUACCUGCGGCGCUUGAUGGACAGCGUCUCCAGUGAUCCCUUCAGUUUCCUCUACCUGCCCAAGGACAAUGAUACAUACCGAGUGAAUAAGAAGAGGAAACAAGGAAUGCCCGAUGUACUGGAAGAGCUCUCUGGCCCAGAUCCUCACGGGAUUGAAGCUAAGAGGAAGAAGAAGAAGCCUGGCUACAUGGACCAUUUCAGCCAGACCCCGUCAACAGCUUGCCCCAUGACCCAUCUGGAAGACGGGAAUUUCCUGACCAGCUUGGAGCACAUCUCGGUGCCACACUUUGAGGACUAUAACCUGCUCCCUGACUUCUCUUCUUACACCUACCCCAGCUUGAGCGACGUUUUGCUGCCCAGCACUACGGACUUCCCAGACACGGCAGACCCCGAGUUCCUCCUAGACUCUUAUUCCCUCCACUCUGGCAUCUCUGCCCCUUUCCCGCUUUCUAGGGAGAGUGAUCCAGAUGGCACAGCCAGCUUGGUGGGGAGCAGCUUGUUUCCCAGCCAGUACAAAGAGGCUGAAGCCAAGGCGGAAAUGGAGGCCAAGCUGACGGCAGCAGGCACCUCGUCAAACUUGUGA